AUGAUGACAUCUUUUGCUCUCCUUUGUCUAUCAAUUGCUAUAAUUGAAUCCCUGGCAGGAAUUCUGGGAAAUGGAAUUAUCUUGGCUGCCAGUUCAUUGAGCUGCAUUGGGAGCAAAACAUGGCCCCCAUAUGAUAUGAUCAUGAUCUCGCUCAGUUCAUCUAGAUUCAUUUUGCAGUCAUGGAUUACACUGAAUUUCCUAAUGAUUAUAUUUUACAAACCCUUCAUUUAUACAGAAAAUGUGCACAUAGCUUCCCAGACAAUAUUUGCCUUUCUGAACUACUCCAGCCUCUGGUUUGGAGCCUGGCUUAGUGUCUUCUAUUGCAUCAAGGUUGCCAGUUUUACACAGUCUUUCUUCAUCUGGCUGAAGCUGAGAAUUGCCAGGCUGAUGCCCUGGAUGCUGCUCACAUCAUGGCUCUGCUCCGUCACAGCUGCAGCUCCCUUCGCCUGGGAUGUCUACAGUGUGCACGAGAACAUCACUGCUCCUUCAUCCAUGACAAACUCUUCAGCAAAGAGAUCCACAAGGAAUGACAGACUGACUUUAUUGAUUUAUCUCUGGAAUGCAAGUACACCUUUGCCUUUAACAUUAUCUGUUGCUUCAAGUGUACUGCUGAUUCAGUCUCUGUGGAUCCACACCAGACGCAUGCAAAAUAAUGCAAGUGGCUUCAGGGAUGCCAACUUGGAGGCCCAUAUGAAAGCCACCAAGUCAGUCUGCUCCUUCCUUAUCUUCUACAUUACAUAUUUUAUUUGCUUGCUUCUCCUCUACUCCAGAGUUUUUUCACAUUUAAGUGAUGAGGAAUGCAUGUGUAUAGUUACAUUAGCUGCCUGUCCUACAGGACACACAAUGGUUUUAAUUUGGAGCAAUCCCAAAUUUCGAGAGCUGCCAGCUAGGAUUUGGGACCACAUUAACUGUCCUGUCAGAUCUAUAUCCAUAUAA